CGUAGUUAGUUGGGCGCCGCCGCGCCUCGGUCGGCUCAUGCAGCGUCCGGUUCUCCUCCUCCUCCUCUUCCUCCUCCCCUCCCCUUCCAGGACCUUGGCCGACUCGGCAAUACAGUACGUCGCGUCGACGGCGUCAUCGCUGUCGUCGUCCCCCAGAGCACGAGCCAUGACGAUGGCACCCAAUACACAGGCAACUCGGGGCCACCGCGGGCCUGGCCACCUGGCAAGGGCUGGGGAUGUUGCUCGGGUGCCCGUGGCGCCCCAAGUGCGGGCGGCGGAUCCGUUUCCAGCCAAGGCCCGCCAGCGAGUCACCGGCGCUGCUGGUGAUGAAGAUCCCAGAGACUGCUCUUUAAUUAACCUUUUUUAGUGGCAGAUAAUGCUAUCGCCCUAAGGUAAGGUAAUGUGAGUGGGCUCGCGGCACAUGGAUGGGGGUUUCUAUCGCUCGUAGGCCUGGUCCGGGUCUGGGCCAACGACACGCACCCUUUUUGCGAGUCAACUCACGCUCGUUGCACAGGCUCCCUGGUGGCUCUCCCCCCAAUCCGCGCUAAUCCGCCGCACACCCGUGUGUCGAGGUCGAGCCCUGUUGUGCGGUGCGGCACUAUGCUCGCCACGCCUUUGCUUUUGGGGCCCUGGCUUCCCUUCCUUCUUGUUUGGACCAGGUCCUGGUGCUGGGGCCGUCUGGCAGCGUGAGCGUCUGCCCGCCUGUCGCGUCGCGCAAGUCAGUCGACGGGGACUACCUUGACGCACACCCCUUGCCGGGUGCACACACAAGUGCCUAGCUUUCGCGUUUGUUGCGCUCCAUCGUGCCGGACCAAGCCAGGUCGCGCCAGGCCAAGCAGAGUCGCCUCCAACACCGGAGCUGCGCCGGGGUAAAGGAGGAUGAGGGGGAAAGUCGCUGGCGAUUGUGGCGGUGCCUUCGUCCUCAGAUGCCUAUCCGUGUCUUGCGCAAGAGGCGCCCUGCUGUCUUGUAUGGCUCCAGCCAUUUACUCAAUGGCAUAUCAUGAGGCAAAAGGGAAUUUGUCGGUUGGCCUUUUUUUUCCGCCACGGUGCGCGCCUCUUCGACCAAGUGAUGCGGAACCUUGCUGCUUCGUGCGCCGCAAUGGAACCCUUCCUCGCUGUCUGGGGCAUCAUCCGUCGUUCCUCGAUUCCACCGGGCGCCUCCUUCACGCUCCCCCCCCCUCUUCCUAAUCACACCCUCUCGCUCGUCGCCGUUGCCGUCGUUCAGCCCCCCAGACCCAGACCGUCCUAUCCAAUCUGGCCAGCAGGCCCUCCUGUUGGUGCAACCAGCCUUGAUCUGCCAAACGUCGCACACCCCCCCUUCCUCCAUGCACUAAAGGCCACCCAUCCUUCCCAGCUCCCUCCUCCCUUCUCCCAGGUGUAGAGGCAAGCCAUCGCCGUCCUUCCAGAAGUAUUCCCCCCGGCUUAAGAAGGGUCGACCUCCCAUCCUCAGCCUGCACGGAGACCUUUCUUCCUCCGCAUUCCACUCUUCACUCUUCAAUACCCCUUCCCUUUCCCUUCGUCUUUGCCUCUUUCUCUUGCGUGCCACACACCGCAGGGAUCCCUUCAGCGUGGUCGCUGUAAAGGCACUUCACCAUGUCCAAGGAGGAGAGCCUCGCCAACGAAAAGGGUGGCAACGGUGCCACCUAUGAGGGCACCAGCACCGUUAUCCCCAAGGACAACGUUGUUGAACGCCACCCCAACUGGUUCACGCGCAAUGGUCUCAACGCCGAGUCUUUCAAGAAGCAGCACUAUGGCACCGGCCUCAUCGAGUUGGAGCGCCCCAUGAAGGCGCGCCAUCUGCACAUGAUUGCCAUUGGCGGUUCUAUUGGUGCCGGUUUCUUCGUCGGUUCCGGUGGUGCCUUGAGCAAGGGUGGACCCGGUACUCUCUUUGUCGACUUCUUAAUCAUCGGUAUCAUGAUGUUCAACGUCGUGUACGCUCUUGGUGAACUCGCUGUCAUGUAUCCCGUCUCCGGUGGCUUCUAUACCUAUUCGACCCGGUUCAUCGACCCGUCCUGGGGCUUCGCCAUGGGCUGGAAUUACGUCUUCCAGUGGGCCGUUGUGUUGCCUCUCGAACUAACAGUCUGCGGUUUGACGAUCGAAUACUGGAACCAAGAUAUAUCAGUCGGUGUCUGGAUCGCCAUCUUCCUCCUCGCUAUCCUCAUCAUCAACAUCUUUGGCGCUCUCGGCUACGCCGAAGAAGAGUUCUGGGCGUCGGUCUUCAAGCUGGCUGCGACCGUCAUCUUUAUGAUUAUCUCGCUCGUCCUCGUUUGCGGCGGUGGCCCCAAGGGCGGCCGUUACGACGAAUACUGGGGUGCUCGCUAUUGGUAUGACCCUGGCGCCUUCAAGAACGGCUUCAAGGGCUUCUGCUCCGUCUUCGUCACGGCCGCUUUCUCCUUCUCUGGAACGGAGCUGGUCGGCCUCGCGGCUGCUGAGACGAGCAACCCCGCCAAAUCGAUGCCUGGUGCCAUCAAGCAGGUCUUUUGGCGUAUUACCGUCUUCUAUAUCCUCGGCCUCUUCUUCGUCGGCCUUCUCAUCGAUAGCAACGACCCUGCGCUCCUGUCCGAGAGCGCCUAUGCUGACGUUAAGGCCUCUCCCUUCGUCCUAGUUGGCAAGUACGCAGGUCUCAAGGGCUUCGACCACUUCAUGAACCUCGUCAUCCUGGUGUCCGUGCUGUCCAUCGGCGUCUCUGGUGUUUAUGGCGGCUCGCGAACCCUGACGGCUCUUGCCCAGGAAGGCUAUGCGCCUAAGAUUUUCACCUAUAUUGACAAGUCUGGCCGCCCCCUCCCCUCGGUUCUCGUCAUUAUUGUGUUCGGUCUGCUGGCCUUCGUCAACCUUAACGCCCAGGGUCCGGUCGUCUUCGACUGGCUGCUUGCGUUGUCGGGUCUGGCUGCUCUCUUUACAUGGGGCUCGAUCUGCCUGGCGCAUAUCCGCUUCCGCAACGCCUGGAAGUAUCACGGACACACCCUUGACGAGAUCCCGUUCAAGGCCAUCGGUGGCGUCUAUGGCUCGUGGCUUGGCCUGAUCCUGUGCGUGCUGGUCCUCAUUGCCCAGUUCUACACUGCCAUCGUCGCUCCCCCCGGCAAGCCGGGCAUGGGCACCGUUGAGGGCUUCUUCAAGCAGUACCUCGCCUUCCCCGUCGUCAUUUUCUUCUGGAUCUGCGGAUACCUGUGGAAGCGCACUGGCUGGCUGCGAACUGCGCAGAUGGACGUUGACACUGGCCGCCGUGAGCUCGACUGGGACGAGAUCCGGGCGUACCGUGAGAAGCUGGCUGCCAUACCGGCGUGGAGGCGCAUUAUCCACCACACGUUCUAGAAGGGUGCCUGCGUGGAUGGGAGUAGGGAAUGGCACUGGCUGGGCGACGAGCCGAGCCGUACCGCACCUGAGAGAUGACUCCCUUACGUUGUCAUGUUUUCUGCUGUACACCAUUUACUACUAGAUACCAUAUAGGGGAGGCUAAGUGCGGGAGGGUACCUUGAUAGCUUGAGUGAAUGAGCAGU